AUUACCGCUAAUUACUUCUUGCCAUUUGAGUCAGCAUGUUAGAGCUAGUCACUACGGAUUGUGGUGACACAGCACUGGACUGCCUGCAGAAGUUAAUCGCAUAUAGUCAUUUCACUAGCAAUGUGCCUGAUCCAACGGAGCCUUUGCGGUUGCUUCACCGGUCCACAGACCGAUGAGAGUGCGCAGCUGCAGAUUAUUAAAGCUCUGCUGACUGUAAUGACAAGCCAGCAUGUGGAGGUAUACGAGGGUACGAUGAUCAACGUGAUCUUCGCGCGAAUGGAGACUCAGGCGGAGGAAGAGAACGUGAGGCUUGAUGGGGAACAUCAGCAGGAGGGUUCUGUCAUAGCAAACGGCAAAACUGAAGUUGAGCUAAGUCUUAGUUAGCUAAGUCUAACUAGCUCAUCUAACAUCUUCAUGAAACUUUACGUUGCGUGCAUCUAUUUAAUAACGAUGGAUGUAGAAAGCUCUUCAAAUCACUUCGAGAGGAUUAUCAAAAGCGAUCUCCAUAUAUCGCAUAUUUAAUCAGAUGUCGUCAGGGAUUGCUGUUGACAUUAGCUCACUU